AUCAUCAUGAUAACACUGCUAUAUCUGCGAGCUACCAUCAUCAUCAAUAUCUGUAAUUGCCAUCAUUACCAAUAUUAUCAUCAUCUAAAGACAUGCUUCAAAAAAGCAUCACCACCAUUGUACAGCAUUCCUGUAUCUUAUCUAAGAGUUGAUCCAAUAAUGGCUUCAAGAGGAAAGUCCGAGACUGAGAAACUUAAGAAGAAUCUUGAAGAACAACUUGAUAGGUUGAUGGUACAGUUGUCAGACUUAGAAGAAUGUAGAGAUGAUUUAGAUCCAGAUGAAUAUGAAGAGACGAAGAGAGAGACCGUAGAUCAACUAAAGGAAUUCAAAGAAUCUCUUGUAAAGUUUGCUGCAGGAGAUAUGACCUUGAUUGAUGAAAUUAGUGCCAUGCAACUGGCCCUGCAAGCAGCAAUAAGCGAUGCAUUCAAAACUCCUGAAGUGAUCCGAAUGUUUGCUAAAAAACAACCAGGCCAACUCAGGAACAGAUUGGCUGAGUUACAAAGAGAUGUCAAAACUGGUCACAUUAGUGAAGAUGUUUACACCCAACAAGCAGUCGAAAUGCUCACAGCUUUAAAAAAGUUAGGAGAAACUCUGAAACCUGGAGAGGUUGAAUUCUUGGCGAAAAAUUCAAGCGCUGCUCUCAGUGAAUUUGAACGAAUAUCAGAAUCGAUGGGUACUGGUGAAAAGUUACUGGCAGUCGCUGGAUCUCAGGUGGAAAAAGCUCAAAGAUAAUUCGGUCUUUUCGCUACUAAUUUUUAGACUUGAUUUUGUGAGAACAUUGAAUUGCCUAUGAACUAAUGGUGCUUGUACAGAAUUUGAUAAAUGUUGACUGGGACUGGGGAAAUGUUUAAGGGCUAUACUGUAGGUUUUUCGCUAGCCUCGGACAGACACUUAGCUUUAGUAGGAUAGGUUCAAAGCGAAGAAACACAGGCUCUAGUGAAUAGUGAUGUAUUAAAUUUUUCAAAUUAAACUUUUCCAAAAUUG